GGGGAAUACUCCGGACGGCUUGGCAGCUGAGGGUUUGUCUGUCACGGGAAGCUGGGCCAGGCUGCUGUGCCUGGGAGAAGGGAAGGAGGAAUGAGAAAGCGGUGACGGUCCCUGCCCCGCCUCGCCAGCAAUGGGAAAUCCAGAAAACAUAGAAGAUGCAUAUGUUGCUGUUAUUCGUCCAAAGAAUACUGCCAGUCUCAAUUCUCGGGAAUACAGAGCUAAGUCAUAUGAAAUUUUGUUGCAUGAAGUUCCCAUUGAAGGACAGAAAAAAAAGAGAAAGAAAGUUUUAUUGGAAAUGAAACUGCAAGGCAACAGUGAAAUAACACAAGGCAUAUUGGAUUAUGUAGUAGAAACCACCAAACCAAUUUCUCCUGCAAACCAAGGUAUCAGAGGAAAACGAGUUGUACUAAUGAAAAAAUUUCCUCUCGAUGGAGAGAAGAUGGGCAGAGAAGCAUCAUUAUUUAUUGUUCCAUCAGUUGUCAAAGAUAAUACUAAAUAUACAUAUACCCCAGGAUGCCCAAUUUUUUACUGCUUACAAGAUAUUAUGAGAGUCUGUAGUGAAUCCAGUACUCAUUUUGCUACACUUACAGCAAGGAUGUUACUAGCCUUGGAUAAGUGGUUAGAUGAACGUCACGCACAAUCUCACUUUAUUCCAGCUUUAUUCCGACCUUCUCCUCUUGAGCGGAUAAAAACUAAUGUCAUAAAUCCUGCGUAUGCUACUGAAUCAGGUCAGACAGAAAACUCACUACAUAUGGGCUAUAGUGCACUAGAAAUAAAGAGUAAAAUGUUAGCCCUAGAGAAAGCAGAUACCUGUAUUUACAACCCUUUGUUUGGAUCAGAUCUUCAAUAUACAAAUCGGGUAGAUAAAGUGGUAAUAAAUCCAUACUUUGGUCUAGGAGCUCCAGACUACUCAAAAAUCCAAAUACCUAAACAGGAAAAAUGGCAGAGAAGCAUGAGCAGUGUCACAGAAGACAAGGAACGACAAUGGGUAGAUGAUUUUCCUCUCCACCGAAGUGCCUGUGAAGGAGAUUCAGAAUUACUAAACCGUCUUCUCAGUGAAAGAUUUUCAGUCAACCAAUUAGAUAGUGACCACUGGGCGCCCAUUCAUUAUGCAUGCUGGUACGGAAAAGUUGAGGCUACUCGCAUAUUGUUAGAGAAAGGAAAAUGCAAUCCAAACCUUUUAAAUGGACAACUUAGUUCUCCUCUUCAUUUUGCUGCUGGAGGAGGACAUGCUGAAAUAGUACAGAUUCUCCUAAGCCAUCCAGAAAUUGAUAGACAUAUAACAGACCAACAAGGAAGAUCUCCAUUAAAUAUUUGUGAAGAAAACAAACAAAAUAACUGGGAAGAAGCUGCAAAAUUAUUGAAGGAAGCCAUUAACAAGCCAUAUGAAAAAGUUCGAAUAUACAGAAUGGAUGGAUCCUAUCGUUCUGUUGAAUUGAAGCAUGGAAAUAAUACCACAGUGCAGCAGAUAAUGGAAGGAAUGCGUCUCUCUCAAGAAACACAGCAAUAUUUCACUAUAUGGAUUUGUUCAGAAAACCUCAGCCUUCAGCUCAAACCGUAUCAUAAACCCUUGCAACAUGUUCGUGACUGGCCAGAAAUACUUGCUGAAUUGACUAAUCUGGAUCCCCAAAGGGAAACACCUCAGCUUUUUCUAAGAAGAGAUGUGAGACUUCCUUUGGAAGUUGAAAAAAAGAUUGAAGACCCACUAGCUAUUCUUAUUCUGUUUGAUGAAGCCAGAUAUAAUUUACUGAAGGGCUUUUAUACAGCUCCUGAUGCUAAGCUGAUAACAUUGGCAAGUCUGCUUUUGCAAAUUGUCUAUGGAAAUUAUGAGAGUAAAAAACACAAGCAAGGUUUCCUAAAUGAAGAAAAUCUAAAAUCCAUUGUACCUAUUACCAAACUGAAAAGUAAGGCACCUCACUGGACAAAUCGUAUACUUCAUGAAUACAAGAAUCUCAGUACAAGUGAAGGUGUCAGUAAAGAAAUGCAUCACCUUCAGCGCAUGUUCUUACAGAAUUGCUGGGAAAUUCCUACUUACGGAGCAGCAUUUUUCACAGGACAGAUAUUUACAAAGGCAAGCCCCAGCAAUCAUAAAGUCAUCCCUGUGUAUGUAGGCGUGAAUAUAAAAGGACUUCAUCUCCUCAACAUGGAAACUAAGGCUUUACUCAUCAGUCUUAAGUAUGGUUGUUUUAUGUGGCAAUUGGGAGACGCUGAUACUUGUUUUCAGAUCCAUAGCAUGGAAAAUAAAAUGAGCUUUAUAGUACAUACAAAACAGGCUGGCCUUGUGGUAAAACUGUUAAUGAAGCUAAAUGGACAGUUAAUGCCCACUGAAAGAAAUUCGUGAAAGAAAAGUGACCGUUACUCAAGCUACCACAUUUUAUAAUGCAGAGCUUUUUUCCCAUGAAAGAUUUCUUAAAAUACUACUUUUUGCCAGGCGUAGUGGCUCGCUCUUGUAAUUCCAGCACUGUGGGAGGCCGAGGCAGGUGGAUCACCUGACAGGAGGAGUUCAAGACCAGCCAGGCCAACAUGGUGAAACCCCAACUCUACAAAAAUACAAAACCUAGCUGGGCAUGAUGACAGGUGCGUGUAAUCCCAGCUGCUCAGGAGGCUGAGGCAGGAAAAUCACUUAAACCCAGGAGGUAGAGCCACUGCACUUCAGCCUGGGUGACAGAGCAAGACUCCAUCUCAAAAAAAAAAAAAAAAUUACUUUCAACAAGGCAUUUAGUCUCUUGUAAUAUAUAUGUACAUAAUUACAUUGUACAGAAUCUGUACUUAUGUUUGGUGUGUAAUAUACCAAUUAGUUUUAUAUAAUAUGCUCAUAAGCUAUUCUAAUUUUUGAGAUAAACACAAAAAAUUAUAGAUUGAUAGUCUGUAUAAUAUUAGACAAAAUAGUAAGCUUUAUAAAAAGUUAUUUUUAGUAAAUGGUAAAGAAUUUGGACUGGAAUGUGAUGAGAUUAAAAUGUAGCUUUGGUAUAACUUCUUGUAUAUUUCAAAAUACACUGAACGUCAACAUGAUUUGAAUAAAGAAAAUGUAUUUUCUACUUGAAACAUAUAACACUGUUAUUUAAAACAUUUUUCUGCAGUCUAUACAUUUCUCAACAUUUUAAAAACAGUCUUAGUUAAAAUGUAAAUCUAAUAUAUGGUAAUGUUUCUCAAAAUAUAGUUUCCUGAACCUGUUGCAUCAUAAUUACUUAGGUACCUCUUAAAAAUGAAGAUUUCAGAGACUCAUUCCAAACAAGGGCAUUCACCCUCUGGAAGUAGCAUGGCCCUGUGAACUUAAGUUUGGUUUUGUUUUUUGCUUUUUUGCUGUUAAAAUAAUUCCAGACCAAUCAGGUAUUUCAAUUAUUAAAGUUGAGAAAUUUUACAAAACUGCCAAUCACACAAGUACACACAUACAUAGACACAUUUUAAGUGAUAAUCUCUUGAUAUUAGAAGUUGCAUUUCGUAAAUACAUGGCUCUAUUUCUUAUGAGUUGACUUAAUAGUUUAUGUAUAUUGACUUGACUUUGUACGAAGUAAAUCACCAAAUAUCUGAUUGUUUCAUUUAGGGAAGUAUUGAUAUAGAUGAGGAGCCAACCUGAUGAAUAUACUGCUUAUAAGCUAUAAAUGACAGUCUUUCCAAACUAAUAGACUAAUGGAUUCUAAAUAA